AUGAGAGACGGCCGGACCCGGUUCAACACCUCGCACCGCCUGCACCCCAUUUACAUUGAACCGAGGCCCAAGUCCGUGCCAUCUCGAGGACUGACGCCCAUGAAUGUCCAGGCACAUCGGUCCCGCAUGCGCAACCGCGAAGUCUCGGAGCGCAAACAAGUCGGUGACGCAGAAAGUCUUUUCCACUCGGAGCAACGACGGAAAGACGAUGACGAGGAUAUGUGA